GUGGUUCCCGGCGCAUUAAUCCCAAGAACACACAUCAGAUCCCCACCGUAGUAGUGUUAGCAGGUCCUAGCAACACGGGAGCGUCCAGUAUAGCAACGGCACGACACCUGUCAUCCCAUGGAGUGCUUGUGUACUUGUGUACGAGUGAACCCCCAUCGCAAUGGAGUGAGACGUUUAAAAAUCAGUUCAACCUGUUUUUAUACACUAACGGGAAGCACUUUGACGACAUCAGCCAGAUGUGUAG